AUGUCGAAUCAAGCCUCCAAUCAAAAUGGCCAAGAUGAUGGCGGUGACAAUGAGGAGUAUUUGAAUAUUGGCCGGUGUCCGGAACCACGCUCGUACCUGCGAAAAUAUUGUACCAUAACCAUUUUGGAAAGUGAUUUAAAUGAUGACCUAAGUGUCAACGAAUUAUCCCUGACCGUCUUGAGCUGUAUGGACGUUCUCCCGGAGUUCGGUAAGGACGAACGGACCUUGCCACCGACUGCCCAGCUUCCACGGCCCCAGUUCACUUCUUCUAUGAUUCCGCCAAUCAUUCCAGCAUUCCUUCUUCCUCUGCUAGCUCCUCCGGAAACAAUUGUGUUACCGGCCACAACCGACAUUCCUGACCAACUGGAAGGCGCGGAUAUCGACCAUAAGUCAGCAUGA